AUGAAUCCACCCAGAUCGUCCAAAGCGCAGCUUAAUUAUUUCCAACAAAGUCCUGUCCGCGGACAGCUAGAGAUACCUACAGACGAAUAUGCGAAAACAGGAUGGCGAUAUCUCCAGUGCACAGACACGCCGAACGAGAUGAGAGUGCUCCUGCCUCCGCGUACAGCACAACUGUACGCUCAGCUUCUGCGGAUGGAGGUUGCUGAGCUGGCGAAGGACAAGAGCGCAUCCUGGGACCGCAUCGUGCAGAUCCGUCACCUGAAGGACCGUAUGAUCCGCAAAUGCCAGAGACUGGUGCGCGAAUCAGUGCCGAGGGAGACGCAAGGCGUACGGGUCGCGUUCCACACCGUGCUCGCUUCCCCGGAUUUCAGGCUGAAGGAGAUGGAGAGGUGGUUCAGAGACCAGGGUGCGGAGAUAACCCAGCCUCGCGCGGAGAGUUCACCCGCUCCCUAUUGGUGCAGCAAGUGCAGCCCUCAGCCCGCCCACGCAAGCCAUCCCCCGGUCCCCGUGCCCCGUCGCGGGCAGUCCAUGUCGCAUCGUGCGCCGUCCACGCAGGUCGGUACGACAUCACGACCUGUGGGAUCCAUGGGAUACAGCACCAUGCACCGCAGCAGGUCCCCGUCUCCGUCUCCGCAUAAACGACAGACCAACCGAUUGUACCCGUCGCAGACAAGUCGGGCAACGGGUCGUGUUCCCGUCGUAGUCAGGGAAGAAGAGCAUAUUAAGCGUAUCCGUCCCCCCGGUAUGAACGAGAAGAGGGCGGUUCCAAGGACUCGUGUUGAAGCAUACCCAACCCACGAGCACGCGAAGUCCCCCGAGCCCUUGCCCAUUCCCCACCGUCCGCGCGAGCCACACGUCGACAGCCCCAGCGUAGUAGAGUCCUCACCGGAUGAAGACGAGCUGCCUUCGACAUCUCCUAGCCCUCCCUCAGCGGAACUGCACGUCAAUGAGCCGUUCACCGCGAACGGACAAGCGCUGCCUACGAUCCACGAGAAACCGGAUGCCCAGCAGGCGCCGGAGCACCGUCCCUUGCCUCGUCGCCGCAGCAGCCUGAAGAAGUCGACCAGCAUGAGCAGACUGAGCGUGGUCAGCCAGACGAAGUCUGUCGCAUGGGCGAUGGACCGAGACUGGAUCGAGCAGAUGUCCAAGUACGUGAAGGCGUCGGGCGAGGCGGAGGUCCUGAGUCACGAGCUCGAAGAGCUUCGUGCUGGGUAUCAUGAGCGACUCGAGGUGAUGAAGGGACUCUGCCGUGACGUGACCGCAGCAUCGGAACGUGUUCACCAGGAGAUGGAAGUCCUCCACCGCAGCGAAGAAGCAGUUCGGACGCAGGAGAACAAGCUCAUGCUCCAUAACGAGCAACUAGAAGAGAAAGAGGCACAGCUCCAGGCCAAAUUGCUUGCCGUCCUCGAAGAGACUAAGCGUGUUGUACAACUGUGCGACAAGAAGAGGGAUACGCAUGAUACCUGA